AUGACGAAUAUCAACAAACCACCAUUGUUCGAAGCUACGAUCCCGCUCAGCGCCGAUGGCCAGUCAAAAAUUCGGAAACUUCUGAUUGCGAAUCGUGGGGAGAUUGCUUGUCGUAUUAUCUCGACGUGUCGCAAGCUUGGUGUUCAGACAGUGGCAGUGUACACUCAGGAAGAUGCCUUGUCGCAACACGUAGCAGACGCACAUGAGUCUAUCUGUAUCGGAUCCAUCGAACACGACACCAAAAACCCCUUUCUCAACAUCGACCUCCUCCUCAAGACCGCCCUGGAAGCCCACGCCGAUGCCGUCCAUCCCGGUUAUGGUUACCUGAGCGAGAAUGCCGACUUUGCGGACCGUGUUCGCGCCACGGGGUUGACCUUCGUAGGGCCAACUGGUCAGACAAUCUCGACACUAGGCGACAAGCGGACCUCCAAAGAAUAUUUGAGAACCCACGCACCGGAAGUGCCCCUGAUUCCAGGAUUCUCCGGGUCUAGCCAGAAUGUGGAAGAUCUCCAAGAUGCGGCGACACGCAUUGGCUUCCCUGUCAUGCUCAAGGCUUCUGCUGGAGGCGGUGGCAAAGGUAUGCGAGUAGUCCGCGAAGCUUCUCAGCUCCAGUCGGAACUGGACCGCGCACAGUCGGAAGCCCAGAGAUCUUUUGGUUCUAGCGACUGCAUUCUGGAAAGGUUCAUCGAGAGCAGCAAGCACGUCGAGAUUCAGAUUGUUGGAGACCAGCAUGGCAACGCCGUGUCUCUGUUUGAACGCGACUGUUCCGUCCAGCGUCGCAAUCAGAAAGUCAUUGAAGAAACGCCGUGUUUGUUUCUCGACGAACAGACUAAGAAAAGCAUGAGUGACACGGCCGUCAAAAUCGGGAAGCUUCUAGGAUACGAAGGAGCAGGGACCGUGGAGUUUGUCGUCGACACGGCCACCAAAAAGUUCUAUUUCUUGGAAGUCAACACUCGCCUUCAAGUCGAACACCCCAUCACAGAGGAAGUUGUCGGCGUUGAUCUCGUGUCAUUGCAGCUCUACGUCGCGGCUGGCGGGCGUCUUGCCGAUGUUCCUGAACUAUCUGCCUUGACACAGACUGGACAUGCAAUUGAGUGUCGACUUUGCGCGGAGGACCCCAAUCGGGACUUCAUGCCAAGUCAUGACACAGUUGCCCUAUGGAAGCCCGCAAACCCCCAUCGAGGUGCUAGCUCUGUAGUGCGUUACGAGACGGCAAUGCAAAGCGGGGCAUCGAUAUCGAUCUACUUCGACUCCAUGAUUUGCAAAAUUGUGGUGUGGGCACCUACAAGAACCUUGGCUAUCGAUGUCCUCGCGAACGAGCUGGCGAAUACCGCGUGCGUUGGAAUCAAGACGAAUCAGCUGUUCCUUCAGAGCUGUCUCCUUCACCCAGGAUUCAAGGACACAGCAUACCAAACAUCUUUCAUCCCGACCCAUCUUCACGAAUUGCUUCGAAAUCCAUACCUUCCAGAGCUGCCCAGAUACACCUCUGCCAUUCCCGGUCUGCUUUUUGACGCCCUUAAGAAAGCGUCUCGGACCCAAGGUGUUCGACGACAGCCGUUUGGUGGAGCUCAGAUCAAAGCCCCGAUGCCCUGCAAAGUUCUCUCUAUUGGAAAGGCAACCGGAGAGGACGUUAAAAGCGGCGAGAGUGUUAUGGUGAUAGAGAGCAUGAAGAUGGAGAUCAAUAUCAGAGCAAAUGUAGCUGGAAAGUUCGAGACAAAGUGGAAGGUUGGAGAUGCUGUGGGCGAAGGCGUCGUACUUUGUUCAGUUGAGUGA